CCCUGGCAGGUGACCUUCACCCCUUGGCCAAGCAUGGUAUACAACUCAUAGCCCUCCCUUUACCACAUCCUCACCACUGUUGGCCUAGGCUCCAUUUCCAGGAAUUUCAUCACUUCCCAGAAUAGCCAGAACAUUUGCUCUCUAUUUCUCUGUUAGUGUUUAACCAAACAUCUGUUCUAAAGGAUGGGCUGAACUGAUGGAAGGAAGACUGAUAGCCUGAGACUCAGGAAGACAACUUCUGCAGGGUGACUCCCUGGCUUCUGGAGGAGAGAGAAAGAGGGCAGCAGUCCAGUGGCACAGAAGUGAGACACAAUGGAAUCAGGCUUCACCUCCAAGGACACUUACCUAAGCCAUUUUAACCCUCGGGAUUACCUAGAAAAAUAUUACAAGUUUGGGUCUAGGUACUCUGCAGAAAGCCAGAUUCUUAAGCACCUUCUGAAAAAUCUUUUCAAGAUAUUCUACCUAGACGGUGUGAAGGGAGACCUGCUGAUUGACAUCGGCUCUGGCCCCACCAUCUAUCAGCUCCUCUCUGCUUGUGAAUCCUUUAAGGAGAUCAUUGUCACUGACUACUCAGACCAGAACCUGCAGGAGCUGGAGAAAUGGCUGAAGAAAGAGCCAGAGGCCUUCGACUGGUCCCCAGUGGUGACCUAUGUGUGUGAUCUUGAAGGAAACAGAGUCAAGGGUCCAGAGAAGGAGAAAAGGUUGAGGCAGGCGGUCAAGCAGGUGCUGAAGUGUGACGUGACUCAGAGCCAGCCACUAGGGGCCGUCUCCCUACCCCUGGCUGACUGCCUGCUCAGCACGCUGUGCCUGGAUGCUGCCUGCCCGGACCUUCCCACCUACUGCAGGGCGCUCAGGAACCUCAGCAGCCUACUGAAGCCAGGUGGCUUCCUGGUGAUCGUGGAUGCACUGAAGAGCAGCUACUACAUGAUUGGCGAGCAGAAGUUCUCCAGCCUCCCCCUGGGCCAGGAGGCAGUAGAGGCUGCUGUGAAAGAGGCUGGCUACAAGAUUGAACAGUUUGAAGUGAUCUCGCAAAGUUAUUCUUCCACCAUGGCCAACAAUGAAGGACUUUUCUCCCUGGUGGGGAGGAAGCCGAGCAGAUCCCCGUGAUGCCUGUGAUCUCAAUUAAAGCAACUCCUUUGACCUGUCCA